AGCAGGAGGCCCGAGAUCUACACCAUUGGAUUCCUUCGUGCGGCGGCCAUGAUGCUCGAUAACAGCCUCCCGACAAAGCAUGUUUACAUUAUUCGUCGAGUCUUGGACACGUCCGGUUUCGAGGUUGGCUCUCUGGCGCGGCUCUCGUACAACAUGAAGCACCGGAUUUGGAAGGAACUGAGCUUCGGUAGACUAAUGGCAUGAGUAAAUAUAGCGAUAGCAGCAACAGCAAUUGCGUUGAAGCCUCUGUCUCUCACCAAAGCUGGUGUAGUUUUGUUUUGGACUCGGAGUGAAGAUUCCUCAAUAUGGCGAGUGGAAAUAGUGAAUGAUCGUGGUUGAACCACGAACCAGAGACUCAUGAGCAGAGCGAGUGUAUCUGUGGUUCAAAUCAGUACUCGCUUCACUUGCGUGAGAUUGCAGAUGACUUACGAUAGACUUCUGCGACUGAGACUACAGGGAAGAAGCAUCAUUCUCUUUACCUCAAUGGGUCUUGAUAAUCGUCACCUCAAUGAGGCUUACCAAUGAGGGAUACUAACUUGAUUCCUUGGGUACCGCUCCUUUUCUCUCCAACUUCUUACCUUACUCGAGAUCAUCAGGAGGUCCCAAAGUGCAUCAAGUACAGACUGCAGAGCGUAGACGAUGCUGCCAAGAUCAAGUGGAUCCACUUCGCAAACCCAGCCCGUAGAUAGUAAUCCUGCUGAUCAGAGAAGACGGAUAUGGCUGAAUCCAAACCUUAUCUCUUUUUCAGUAGCAAAGAUACCGUUCACAUUGAACCGGUACCAGAACAAACCAGUACUUACCCUGACAGAAGCCCUGCAGAAACUACGAAGAGGAGACAUGAAAGUGCAAGAUUUUCCUACCAUGUCAGUUGUUUCUGUCCCUUACGGGACCGACUCGAAGUAUUACACCUUGGACAACAGAAGACUCUGGAUAUUCAGGGAGUACGGUCAAAAGAUCGAAGUUAUAAUAGAGGAGCCUACUGACGAAUUCUGUUUCAAGCUGACCACCGUACAAUGUGCUGAAACCGUAUGUAUAGUUGACCAUGUGGAAGAGAACCAUGAAUUCAAGGAGAGUUCUUCGUUUCUGUCCAAAGUGCUUCGAUGGUCAAUCGAUAACAUUAAAGAUGACCAUUAUUACAAAGCCCAGAUGAGGCUGAUUCCACCAAGAUUUGAAAAUUUGAAGGCCUAUUUCGAAUCGUUUUUGUGGCCGAUGGUUGAAGACACAAAAGCAGAGAUUUGCAAGAGUCUACAGCUUGUGGAACAGAGUUCUAGAAGAUUUGCUCUCAAGUGCUCAAUAUAUGAGUUGCAAAUUCCUCAGAACAAUCAGGUGCACAUGGGCCAGUUUGAUCUGAAAAAAUUUCUACUGGUGACCGACUUGAAACAUUACAACACUCAGUUUUCAGGUCGAGUCCACGACUGGAAACACAAGAAGUGGGAUUUGGUUCUCAUGUGUACAUCUCUACCCAAAAGCUUCAUCGAACUCCAGGAUGCGAGUCAAUGCUACACUCUGGGCGUGCUCACCUCUUCUGGGGGACAGUCAAAGUUGCGAAAUGUCCCUGCUGUCUUGAAAGUCACUGCCUUCUGUCCGAAUAAAGGUGAAGGUAAAUUGGUCCGAGCUAUAACUCGAAGCGGCAGCAAGUGGUACAUUGUUGUUCUGACCAAUCUUUCUACUGCACUCCGAACUUGGGACGCUUUGAACCCGGACCUACAUUCUGCUCUUGACAGACUUCGAUUGGUUAGCGAGACUCUGUACAGCACUUGCGAAGAUCAAUACCAGAGCACGAUCUUUAAUCUAGAUAAUGGACAUUUGGGGAGUUCAGACAAGGAUAGUGCUGGUCAUAUGAAUCUAGUUCAAAGCAUUCAGCAGUUUUGUUCCGGAAGAGACUUGAAUCAUUCACAAACAGAAGCGGUUGUGACAACAGCCUCUGCGCUGCACUUUGGUAGCGAACCAAAGGUGAGACUGAUAAAGGGGCCUCCAGGGACAGGGAAAACAGCUACUGUGGUCACAUUUUUAUCUGUUAUUACGUGCUUGCUAUACAGGACCUUGGUCUGCGCCAGCGCUAACAGGGCUAUUUGUGAGGUCGCACAAAGGUUUGUAUACCUUGUGAACCGCAUGCCCAGUCCUGAGAAAUCUUUUCAGUACUAUCCCUUUUUCACCUCGUACGGUUGUGAAGGAGCUUGUAAGUCUCUGAAGCUGGGUGAUGUAGUCCUUGUGGGAAACGAUGAAAGACUAGAGGUGGAUACUACCCUGAGCAUGAUAUAUCUUCCAUUCAGGGUCAAGAGAUUAUCAGAAGCAAUUCUCCACUCAAGAGGUUGGCGACAGUCGCUGCAGAAUGUGCUCAAGCUUGUUAAGGAUCCCGCACACCAAUUCGAAGCAAUAAAUAAGACUCGGGAAAUCGGAAGUAUAAAUCAUGCCAGGGCAUUCCUGCAGUUCUUUAAAGAGGGACUUUUAUGUUGGGGCAGUCAAUUGAUUUUGUCUGGGUAUAUAAUCUGCCGUGACUUACCCAAGAAUUUACUGAACCCUGCAAUGAGCUGUUAUGUGAGCAUGACAUGUGCUGCUGUUGCCGAUGCCUUAGAGAACCUACCAUCAGAGUCUGACCUUUCGGAAGAACAAGCUUGGAGCUGGUUCAAAGUAUUGUGGAACCCUGGAGCUCAGGGUGAAUAUCGGAAGUCCAUUGUCGGGGAUAGUUUCAGGGAGGAGAUUCAUAUGUCGCUGAUGCUUCGAAAGGUGCACGCCUUUCUAUCCUCUCCAUUCAAAGAGAGGGUUUCAAGGCUCCUCUCCAGCUUAAAUGAAGACAAUCUGGAGGACAAGUGUCUGCAGCACGCCUGUGUGGUGUUCUGCACAAUUGCCUCAGCUGGACGUCUAUGCGUUCAAAAUUCUGGACCUUUCAAGUCUUUGGUCAUAGAUGAGGCUUCACAGCUCGUAGAGGCAGAAACAGCCAUUGUGACACAACUACCUGGUCUCCAGCAAGUUCUCCUCGUCGGAGAUGAAAAGCAACUACCGGCUACUGUUGUAAGCAUGAUGGCUAAAGAUAUUGGCUAUUGCCGAAGUUUAUUUGAGAGACUUCAGGUUGUUGGGCACCCUCACCAGCUGUUGAAUACCCAAUACAGGAUGCAUUCGGAUAUCAGUCGGUUCCCAAACCGUCAGUUCUAUGAAAAAUGUCUGGAGGAUGGCGAAAAUGUUACAAGUGUGAUGUAUGUCAAGCCCUAUCAAGCACAAUAUGGUCCUUACUGCUUCAUAAAUGUGGCGGAUGGCAAGGAAGAAAGGGAUAGGAACGAAAGCUCCGCCAAAAAUUUGGUUGAAGUUGAAGUACUCUACUACUUGCUGACAAAGUUACAAACAGCUUGUGAAGGUCAUGCGAUUACAUCCACUAGUGUUGGCAUCAUCACACCAUAUGCAAGCCAGGUUGACGCCUUGAGCAAGAGACUUUGUCAUGGCGGUGGGGAUCCUUUGAAGCGCUUUCCGAAUCUUCACGUGGAGAUCAAAACCGUAGAUGGGUUCCAAGGUGGAGAAAGAGAUGUAAUUUUAUUCUCGACUGUACGGGCAAAUGUGGAAGGAAAGAUAGGAUUUCUCACAGAUUGUCGAAGACUGAAUGUGGCUCUUACCCGUGCAAGGUACUGUCUUUGGAUAGUCGGCCAUGCUGCAACUUUGGGAGCAACGAGGGAUGGAAUAUGGACCCAUGUGCUCAACGAUGCAAAAUCGAGGAACUGCUUCAAAGACGCGAAAGAUGAUGAAGAUAUGUUUAGAUCUUAUCGACAUCUUGAGCGCUUCAGCAACCAGGAAUCUGACAAGGAUAACGUUGGCGAAAGUUCAGCGAAGAGGAUGAAGGUGACCUAGUCCCAGAAAGACUCCUUUCCUGUAGAAUAUGUAUGUACUAUGUAGAAAAUCCCCACUCACAAAUUCAAGCCCCUGACGCGUAGAUAGAUGAUAUGACCAUGAAGUCCAGCUCAAAACCUUGAACAUAACUGUAGAUAUGAGCUGGGAUCGUGAUUUGUAGUCUACUUCGCUUUCUUGAUGGUAGUAGCUACUAAAAAGGGCUUUUGAAGAUGCCUGUUUAUUGGGAAUAGAAACCUCCAGAAAUAACGAGAUUGAACUCAUGAUAUAAGAUUAGGAUCGUCUAUCCUAGAAUGGGAUGAAGAUAAAUAUUACACCUUCCCAUGCUUACUUCUCAGAGGGCCCAUGUUCUGAGCACGUGUAGUUUUCAGUUGUUGGUUGAAUCCACGUAAUCCCUCGUGAAGGGCGGUUCACCUUUUUGACCC